AUGUCCACGUCGUCUUUCAACGACUUCUUCGAGCGGUGGUUGACCGAGCAGGAGCACCAUCUCGAGAGCCUCGUCGUUGCAGCCGCCAACGGCCAAGCAGGGGAUGGGUUUCUCAGAGACCUGAAGGGUCGGGUGCUGGAGCACUACGAGGAGUACUACCGGGCCAAGUCCGAAUGGGCCCACCGGGACGUGCUAGCUGUGUUGUCCCCGUCUUGGAGAACGUCCCUGGAGGAAGUCUUUCUCUGGAUCGGCGGUUGGCGUCCCUCCACGGCUUUCCACGUCCUCUACUCCAAGUCAGGGCUCCAAUUCGAGACCCAAAUCCGAGACCAUCAGGGGCGCCACAAUGGAGACAGCGUGGUGGCGGAUCUGGCUGGCCUUUCGCCGAGGCAGUUUGGCCUGAUCGACGAGCUCCAGAGGAACACGAUCAAGGAAGAGAGGAGGCUCACAGAGAAGCUGGCAAAGGUCCAGGAGUCGAUUGCGGACGUGUCCAUGGUGGACCUGACCCACGCAGUGAGCGAAAUGAUGCGGAGGACCGACGACGACGAUGAUGACGACGUGGAGAGGUCCAGCAACGGGGUCAGCGAGGAGCAGGUGGAGAGGGCGUUGGUGCCGAAGAAGAGGAAGAUGGAGGAGCUGUUGCGUAAGGCGGAUGAUCUACGGGUGGUGACACUCAGGUCGAUCGUUGACGAGAUCUUGACUCCGAUCCAGGCAGUCCAUUUCCUGAUCGCCGUUGGGGAGCUACACCUUCGGGUCCAUGAUUGGGGGAAGCGGGGAGACGAGCGUCUUCAGGGCAACUAG